GCAACGCACUGGUACGUAAUGCCAUCGGCGAGCCAGUCUGACGCCAGGCACCGCGACGCUAUGACGUCACUGGUCCGCGUUUUUCCACCGAUCGUUUCAUCACAGCGACAUCUACUGGAGCUGGUGUGACGCGCGAGUUCCUUCGGCUAUAAACCGAAUAUAAACCAGGUGAAUCCGGAAUCAGGAGCCUUUCAACGCGGAACAGAGUUUCGUCCGUGGUGUUCGCUUGCGAACGAAUCUGAGCGACUAUCAGCUGCUACAUUUUCAAAGAGAAAAAUCUCGCGGACGAACGCGAGCCGGCAAACUCGAAGCGACCUUGAGACAACGUGGAGGAUUUCCCACGAGACCGUUGGUUGCCUGAUCCGCAAAAGAGAAAGUGGACAAAGGGACAGACAUUCUCGCGCUUUCUUUCCUUUCUAUAGACACGUUUAAAUUAUUUUGGAAUAAACUCGGCCGGUUGACCUUCGAACAACGCGAAAGAUGCAAAACGGGCGGUGAGACGGUUUCGGUGUUGGAAGAUACAGAGGAAAAUUAGAAAGCUACAGCGCGAGCAAGGUUGAUCGUCGCGAAGCGAAAGAAGUCUGUGGAGAAACAUGGGGAAGAAGAACAGCAAGCUGAAACAGGAUACCAUCGAUCGACUCACCAAUGACACGUAUUUUACCGAGAAGGAGAUUCGACAAUGGCACAAAGGAUUCCUGAAAGACUGUCCCGAUGGCCUGCUAACGGAACAGGGUUUCAUAAAGAUCUACAAGCAGUUCUUUCCACAAGGCGAUCCAUCGAAAUUUGCCACGCUGGUUUUCAGAGUGUUCGACGAGAACAACGAUGGCACGAUAGAGUUCGAAGAGUUUAUAAGGGCGCUGUCGGUAACGUCGCGCGGCAACCUGGACGAGAAACUUCACUGGGCGUUUCGGCUGUACGACGUGGACAACGACGGUUUCAUCACGAGGGAGGAGAUGUACAAUAUCGUCGAUGCGAUGUACGAGAUGGUGGGGCAACAGCCGCAGGCGGAGGACGAGAACACGCCACAAAAGAGGGUGGACAAGAUCUUCGAUCAGAUGGACAAAAACCACGACGACAAAUUAACCCUGGAAGAGUUCCGGGAGGGUAGCAAAGCCGAUCCUAGAAUCGUGCAAGCGUUGUCGUUAGGCGGCGAGUAACCUCGAGCCCCGUCGANNNCGAGCCCCGUCGAGACCGCACCGUGCGUCGUCGAUCGUUUCAAGCCGGACGAUCGUCUCGUCACUUCGGUCCGGUCGUCGAAACGGAUAGAGAGAGAAAUCGAUCGCUCGAACAGAUAAGGAAAACGGGCGGCUCGAUAACCAUAAGCACGCAGUCCGGCGUACACGCAUACGUAGGUAGCACAUAAUGCGAAUCGACAUGACGCGAUCCUCUCUCUCCCUUCCUCUCUGCACUUUGUUUGUGCGAACGACAACAGGGACGGACGACAAAAUCAGGAAAAAUCGAGUCCUCGCGAAAUUGACUUUAACACGUUGACUGCCGCGCUUGUUUACAAUGAAAUCUCCU